CACAGAGAGUAGGGCAUUGACUUUGCUCUUAUCUUUUCAUUUUGUCAACGCUAGUUUGUCAUUCUGUUAUUGUAUUGCUGAGUGCAAAGAGCCAUGGAAUCUUCAGGAGUGUUACUAGUAUUCGUUGCCUGCAUAAUAUGCGGAGGUGUGUCGGCGCUUGAUAUGACAAAAUUACAACCAUAUAACCUGACGGCAGCUAUUAUGUUUCUUCAAGAAGACCUCAACCAGGAUGGACAGAUGACUGUCGCCGAAAUAGACGCUGUCUUUGAUAAAUAUGACACAAAUGGUGAUGGAAGAGAAAGCCGUCACGAAUAUACAAUGAUGAUAUGUUCUGCUGACCCCGACCUUUACCAGAUAUCUCAUUACUUAUAUGAUGACUAUGAUGUUAACAAUGACCAUCAUCUGGAACAGACAGACUACGAAGGCUGGCAUAAAAAGAUCGACGAUUCUGGUGAUGGUAAUGGAGUAGUAACACAGGAAGAGUUUGUCAACUACUGGGUAAAGAUGCUAGAGGGCAUUGAGGCACAAAAUAAUCACCCACACGGUAAUUCACAUGAACACGGACAUUGUGCUGCUGGCAAAUAAACUAGUUAUUUGUGAAUGGUCUUAAUUUGAUAUUUAUACAAUAAAAUCACAAAUAACAAUGAA